AUGGCGCACGGGCAGGAGUCGUCGACGCAGGCCGCCACCGGCGGCGCCGCGCCGCCGCUGUGCGCGAACGGCUGCGGGUUCUACGGGAGCGCGGCGACCAAGAGCAUGUGCUCCAAGUGCUACCGCGACCACCUCAAGUCCACAGACGUGGCUGCCCCCGCCGUCGAGGGGAAGAUCAAUACCGACGACCUCAUCCUGGCCUUCAAGAAGUCGGUGAGCCUGCAGGAGCAGGACUCUGCCGCUGCAGCUGGUGCUGAUGCUGCACCGGCGGCCGAUGCGCCACCAAAGAAGGCGGCGCCGGCCAGGUGCAUGGCGUGCAAGAAGAAGGUGGGGCUGCUGGGGUUCGCGUGCCGCUGCGGUGGCACCUACUGCUCGCUGCACCGCUACGCGGACGGGCACGCGUGCGGCUUCGACUACAAGAAGGCCGGCCGUGAGAUGAUGGCGCAGCAGAACCCUCUUGUCGCGCCGUCAAAGCUCGACAACAAGAUUUGAAGCAGGAGGAGUUGAAAAACAUAUGUACAGUUUUUGUUUACUCAUUGGCUUUACUUGUCUCUCCUAUUACUUAAUUAGAUCUUUCGACCUCGAUCUUUCUUGUUCAUAGUGACGUAUUGCUGUGUACCAUCAUCUUAUCCAUGUAUGUGUCUUGUUCU